ACAGUAAAAAUAUAAACAUUUUAAAUAAAAAUUAAACACAUUAUAUCACAACAAUAUCGAAUAACGGUAGCUGAUUGGUGAAAUGUGUCAGUUAUAGCACAUAAAAAUAAUCGUCGUUUAAUAUUUAAGCUAAUGCCACAACUUCGGCCUAGGAAAAAUAUUCUGCUCAUACCCAAAGAAUCACAUGAUGGUAUUUUAUGGAAAGAAGAAAAAGCUAUUCAAAAAGCUCAAUUAGCCUCUUUAUUAGAAAAUCAAAAAUUAAAAAGAAGAUUGAUAAAAAAUUACAAAACUAGAAUGGAUAAAAAAAGUAUUGAAUCUAGAAGCACAUUUAUUGGUUUAUCCCAAAAAUAUAGUGGCAAUUCAAAAAUAUUAUUGAAAGAUAAUCAUUCCAGUUUGCAAAUGAAAAAAAUAUUAAAUAAAUAUCAUAAAACUUCUAAAGAGUAUUCAAAUAUUAAUGAUAAUAAAUCAAUUACAAAUCAUAUUAAUAUAAAAAAAAUUAAAAUAUGUCCUGUUCAGAACCAAAAGUCAACUAUUUAUUUAGAACCAGAUAUUAUACCAGAAUCAUCACUGUUUAAAGAACCAAAAAGCAUGCAUCAACAUAAGAUAUAUCCUAACCAUGAUAAUAUGGGUAAUUUAAGGAUUAACAAGAAACUUGUUGAAAACAAAAGUCAUUGUCUAGCUCAAAGGAAAUACGCCUUAAACGAUUCUCCGAUCAAAAAUUUAAUGAAUUCUUUCCUAUAUCAUCUUAAGAACGAUCUUGCAUUUGCUAAACCCUCCUCUCCGGAUCAUAAUAAAUUCCAUGAUAAGAUAGCCGACACACCCUUUACAGCAAAGAGCCAGCUCGAUUUAAAAGUUAAACAAGGAUAUGAAUCUCCUAAAACUAACCUUUUUACGACCUUAGAUUACAAGAAAAGACGAGGCAGACCAUUGAAAUCAUCAAAUUCGAUUGACAGCGAAAGUAAAGCUCAUAAGUUAAGAUCUAUAAAUGUCGUUUCCACCUCUUUUAAAUCAAAUGAAUGUUAUAAAGUAUUAGAACGCCCCACCUCAAAUGCACAGCAGCCCGAAAUUAUGGAUACGUUUGAUUUUCUUUCAUGGCUUUACAUGAGACAUUUACCUGAAAUACCAUCAUAUUUGAAAAAUAUUGAUUGCUACAUGAAUAAAUUUAUCAAAGAUCUUGAAAAUGUUGCCUAAAAAUAUAUACAAUAAUAUUUAAUAUUUUUAUUUCAUUAUAAAUAUAAUAUCAAAAUAUAUAUAUUCAC